AUGUGUGUGUUUGCGGGCACUCGGACUGGUCAACUAGAGUACAUGGACAUAAUGACGAUCAACACAUCGUACAUUGGUCAAUUGAGCACGGGUGGUAAGCUUGCUGCGCGAGCUGCUGAUUCCACUCAGCCUGCCAAGGCAGCUGUUACUAGCGCAGCAGCCAAAGGCAAGGACGCUGCAAAGAAUCAAGCUAACAAAGCUGUCAAGGAAGCUGCAAAGGAUCUCGGUAUCAAGGAAUGGUACAGCUACCACUUAAUGACCCACUGUGAGGGAGAUUAUACCCCAUCGCCGGUCAUGGAUGCCACGCAUCAUCCCAAGAAGAAGCCUACAAAGUGCUCUUCUGCUAAGGCAUUUUCUGGCAUUGAUCCUGCUGCUGAUAUUCAGAAAGAACUAAAGGGUAAUAAGAAGCUCUCCGAUCUUGGAUGGACCAAGACGAUUAGUGAUCUGGUCAAGGGCACCAAAGCCCUUUUUGUUGUCAUUUUCCUUGCUUACCUUCUAGGCUUGAUCGUAAACGUUCUUGCCAUGAUUACGACAGGGCUGACUAUAAUGGCUGAACCCUCAUGGAAGUUUCUGCGGAUCAAAUUCUAUCUUAACGCGGUCACGACUGGACUCUUCCUUUUCGCAACAUUGAGUCAUACCUUCUUCAUAUAUCGUGUUCGCGAUAUCAUCAAUGCCGGGGGAAAUCUGAUCAAUGUUUAUGCUACUGUUGGUAAGACGUUCAUCACUCUGUCUUGGACGAUGACAUUGCUGUGCUUGACAUCGCUUGCGCUGGCCUGGUGGGAGCAGAGGAGAUGGCUGAAGGCAGCGAGAGGCUACGGAGAGGUUUGA